AUGUCUAAUGGCAGCUCCUUCAGCGAGUUCCUCCUCCUGGCAUUUGCAGACACCCGGGAGUUGCAGCUCCUGCACUUCUCACUCUUCCUGGGCAUCUACCUGGCUGCCCUCCUGGGCAACGGACUCAUCAUUACAGCCGUAGCCUGUGACCACCACCUCCACACCCCCAUGUACUUCUUCCUCCUCAACCUCUCCAUUCUUGACCUUGGCUAUGUCUCCAACGCUGUCCCCAAAUCCAUGGCCGAUUCCCUCUGGAACACCAGGGCCAUUUCAUACUCAGGAUGUGUUGCCCAGGUCUUUUUCCUCUUUUUCUUAUAUUCAACAGAGUGUUCUCUUCUCACAGUCAUGGCCUAUGACCGCUACGUUGCCAUCUGCAAACCCCUUCACUACGGGACCCUCAUGGCUCUGGAUCUGGUGGUGGCUCUUCUGUAUGCAGUGAUGCCUCCAGCAAUGAACCCCCUCAUCUACACCAUGAGGAACAAGGAGCUGAAGAAUGCUGUGAGGAAACUAUUUAAAUAUACAACAUUUCAGCAAGUUCCUCAGUGA